AUUAAGAUUACUUUUCAACGCGCUCUCUCUAUCCCUUUCUCUCUCUCUAGUUUUGCCAUGGAUCUUCUUCGUAGGAGCUUGGUUUGUCUUUUGAUCGUUGCGUUAUUUUCUCCUACAGCACUAUCAAUGCAGUUCGAGCUUCGUUCUGGCCAGAUGAAAUGCAUAUCGGAGGAUAUUCACGAAAAGUCCAUCAGCGUUGGCAAAUACUUCAUUGUAAACCCUAACGAAGAUCAUCCUCUUCCUGAUUCUCACAAAAUCACCGCCAAGAUGGUGUCGCCAAAAUGGAAUGCGCUGCACGAAGCUGUUAAGGUAGAGGCUGGAGAGUUCUCGUUUACUGCGUUUGAAACCGGUGAUUACUUUACGUGCAUCUCAGCCGUUGAUCAUAAGCCGCAGACGACGUUGACCAUUGAUUUUGUUUGGACGUCUGGUGUUCACUCUGCUGCCUCCAAGGAUUGGUCUAAAGUGCCAAAGAGGAGCCAAGUCAAAAUGAUGGAGUUGUCGGUUAAGAGGCUAUUCGACACUGUUGAGUCCAUCCACGAUGAGAUGUAUUAUCUUCGUGAUAGGGAAGCAGAAAUGCAAGAGUUGAAUAGAUCCACAAAUUCGAAAAUGGCGUGGUUUAGUUUCUUGUCACUUGGGUUUAGUUUAUCGGUAGCUGGUUUACAGUUUUGGCACUUGAAAUCUUUCUUCGAGAAAAAGAAACUCAUCUAA